AUGAAAGUAAGCCGAGAUUAUUUGAAGUUUCACGAUUAUAAUUUAGAUGGUCUUGAGGAAAAUAAAUGGAAAUGGUUUGAGAAUUCAAUUGGAGCACUUGAUGGGACACAUAUUUCAGUAACAGUUGCGGCAGAAGAUAGGCCUAGAUACCGUAAUAGAAAGGGUGACAUAUCUACAAAUGUGUUACGAGUUUGUGGUCUGGAUUUAAGGUUCAUCUAUGUGUUACCGGGGUGGGAAGGGUCUGCAGGAGAUUCUCGAGUAUUGCGAGAUGUUUUACGUCAUCAAAAUUGUCUUCGAAUUCCAAAAGGUAAAUACUUUCUUGUGGAUGCGGGGUAUAUAAAUGGUCCUGAUGAAAAACAAUGGGAUCAAUUUUUAGAGGCUCAAGACUUAGAUCUUUUAUCUAUUGUUGAUGAAGAGUUAACCAACCAACAAACAGAAAGAGGAACAACUAAUGGUGUGGAUGAGGUCGCAACAGUUCAAGUGAUUGAAGAGUGGACAAUAUUUCGUGACGCAUAUGCGAUGAAAAUAUUUGCUGAAUAUCAAAAGAAAAGAAAUAUUUCUUAG